UCGGAUCGUAUCGAACAUCCCUACUCAGGAUACGUGGGCACCAAAUGUAGAACAAGAGGAGGGAUGUGAUGCUUCCAAAAUGCGUCUGCCUGUAAUUCCACAUAAUCGACGACUUAUAAGUUGGAUUCAAGUUAUCAAGCUGUCCAUUUUUAGCUUCCUCAAAAUGAAUGCCUAAAAUCUCUGCGAAUAAGACGGAUAUUAAUAAAUAGUAG